GUGCUCAAUAAGCCAUUAUAAGAAUUCUCUGCACCAGAGAAAAUCUCAAAUUUCAUUGCAUAAGCAAAUGGGGAGUUAUCUAUCUUGUGCUUCUUAUUCUUCCGUUGUGCCAUAUAACACUGUUAAAGUUCUGGCUUUUAAUGGUGGUCUGCAAGAAUUUCAUACAGAGAUGAAGGUUGCAGAGAUUAUGCUGGAGAAUCCUCAGCAUUUUGUGUGUCACUCAGAUUCUCUGGAGGUUGGCCGGCGAAUAAAUGCUCUGUCAGCAGAUAAUGAUUUGGAACUCGGGCAUCUGUAUUUGGUUCUACCAAUGUCUAAAUUGCAGAGGGUGCUUUCUGGUUCAGAAAUGGCUUCCAUUGCAUUCAGGGCUAACUCUGCCAUGAAAAAAAGCUCUAAGAGUGUUGUGAAGACUCUUCCAGGGCUUGUGGGUGUAAAACCUCUUGUUAAUGGAGGAGGAAUGUGCCUGCAAGACAAUGAUCAUUUGGGUGGAGAAUUUCAUUAUGGACCCAAUGAUCUAAUAAAAACUGAAGAGGUGCCAAAGUUGAACAUGGAAGAUCUCUCUGAUUUGCAGAUGGGUUUGGUAAAAUAUAUUAGAUUACGCAGUUGCAGGUCUUGGAAGCCAAGAUUAGAAACCAUUAGAGAAGCUGAAAGCCUCGGGGUAUGACAAAGAUUCUUUUCUACAAGAUGUAAGAUAAGGAAUAAAAAUUUGGUGAAAAGGAAUCUUAUAUUAGAGAUGAUGAUAACUAAUAGUUAAAAUAAAAGAAAUUUCGAAAAAACUGUGCAUUUUAUCUGUAAUCAUUAUUUAAGAUUAUGAUUAAGAUAAGAGAUUUAAGA